AUGCUUGUACAAGAUGAACUGGAAAUACAGAGACUAGAUCCAGAGGGAACCUACAAAUACCUAGGAAUACAGCAAGGUCUAGAUAUAAAAACAUCGGAAGCGAAAACAACAUUCAAGCAAAAGUUCAUGGACAGAGUAAAAAAGAUUGUGCAGAGUAAACUGAACGCCAAGGCGAUGUUCAUAUCGAUAAGUACAUGGGCAAUACCUUGUUUGGCCUAUUCUUUCGGAAUACUCAAGUGGUCGACAACAGAGCUAAAAGCCAUUGACACCCAAGUACGAAAGCUCCUAACCAAAUAUGGAAUACACCACCCCCAUGCCUCUGUGAACAGAUUAUACAUACCCAGAAAGGAUGGAGGGAGAGGACUACAAAAUAUAGAGACCACACACCACAGAGCAACCAGAGAACUCAGGCAAUACAUCCACUCAAAAGACACACCUUUCUUUCAAGCACUCAUCACAGAGGAUGAAAACAUCACAGCCCUAAACCUAGCAUCCACAGACCAACAAUCUCAACCCCCUGAUAUUGCACAAUUAACUGAAGAGUGGCAUGGUAGAGCACUCCACGGUAGAUAUCCAACGGCCCUCAAGAGAAACAAUGUGGAUCGGGAAAGGUCCCUAACUUACCUCAGAAACGGGUAUCUGUAUGCGGAGACGGAAGGCAGACUAGCAGCCAUUCAGGAUCAGGUUGUCCCAACAAGGUCAUACCUGAAAAAUAUAGCAGGAUGUAAUAUACUUAAUGAUAAAUGCCGUAAAUGCUCACAGCACGUUGAAUCCAUACAACACAUCACAUCAUCAUGCCCUGUACUCGCACCCAGGGCAUAUACAGAACGCCACAAUGCCAUGGCUAAGGCAUACCAUCAGGCCAUCGCCAUAAAAUACGGGUUGCUGAAAACAUCCAAAAAAAUACAUGAAUACUUACCUCGGGAUUUCAUGGAGAAUGAUAAGGUAAAACUCUACUGGGACCAUCCUUUCGCCACGGACAGAUCGAUUGCCCACAACCGACCUGACAUCGUCAUCUUCGAAAAAGAUCCAAAGAAGGUGACAAUACUCGACAUAACCAUACCAGCGGAUGAUAAUGCUGACAAAGCGCAUACUGAAAAAAUUGUCAAAUAUCAUGACCUCGCUUUUGAGCUGAAGGAAAUAAACCAUCUUACCUCAACAACAAUUCUUCCUCUCAUCAUCACCACCAAUGGACUUGUUGAAAAGCAUCUGGCGGAAAACACGGAAAGGCUGGGACUUGACGAAAAACUGAUUGAAAAAGCGCAGAAGGAGGUCAUCUUAUGGACCACCCGAAUAGUCCGAAGUUUCCUGACCACCAGCUGA